UUCCUACAAGCCAACAAAAGCUUCAUUCCCCUUGUCUGCAAUGGCGUCUCGAGCUUUCCCACGAGCGCCCCGCCGCUGCUCGCCCUAGGCCGCGCCGCAGAAAACCCUACUACCUUCUUGUUCUACGUCAUUGGUAUGGGCUCCACCUCCUCGCCGUCCUCCCCGCCGCCGCCGAUGAUUGGGAGGGCGGGCAACCUCACCGUCUUCAUCACGCCGCCGUCGCCGGCCAGCAAGCCGCGCUCCUCGCGUCGGUCAGAGUCCCUGCGGUCGGGUCUCUCUACCCCGGCACCGGCUCUGCGCACGCCCGCGUCGCCAUCGCCGUCCCUCUCGUCGGAUCAGAAGACGGCGAGUCCGCCCGCAAUCCCGAUGAAGUUCUCCCCUCAUGCGGCUCCAGUGAAGGCCCCUCCUCAUCCAGUGCAGGUGCCCCCGCCACAGUACGAGAAGGCCUCUGCGGAGGGUAAGCACGACGGAUCGACGUUUGGUUUCUUCUGGGACGCCCUUGCGCGCGUGCAGGAAGCGCACGCCAGCCUCGACGAAUACGUGGCGAACUGGUUUGGCCUGGAUCAAUCCAAGUACCAAUGGGCGCUCAACGACUACUAUGAGAGCACCGGCAAGGAAGUGGAGUCUGGCAAACCUGGCAAGCCGAAGGACCUAAUCGCUAGCAAAGUGCAGAAAGUUUAGAUGGUAAAAUCAGAACUUCUUUUCUGCAAUUAUGCUAGGUUUAAUGUUUAGCUGAGCAUAUGUGUGGAGAAGUUCCAUUUGUUAAAUCUUCGGUGUCUAGUCUCGUGGCAGGUCAGGCUGCGCUGGGAUGGAAUUGAAACUACUAGUCGUUUUGUUCGCUCCUGCCAAAUCCUUGUUAUAUGAAUGACAAAAUUGCAUAUGUGCAAUGACCGAUAGUGUUCUUUUUAA